UGGUUCAUUAGUGCCUCCACUAAGAAGUGGCUUCCCUCAGCCCCAAUGGAUUUAGAAUUUAUUCUCAAGAGUUGGGAAUUCAGCUUUGAUCAUGUGGUGGACUUCAUGCCGGAACAUUGCGCAGCAUAUCUAGCACAGAAUUUAUGGAGACAGCAUCUUCUAUAUCUUUCGUCAAUAUGCCAUAUGAGCUGUUACAGCGUUGCGUGGAACACCCUUAUCUUAAUGUCCAAAGCUAUUCAUUCCUAGCCGAAGCUAUGUUGGUAUGGCUAGACAGUAAUAAGGCAAGAGGCCAAUGUUCUGAUGGCCAGCUUAGAAUUCUAAAUCAGGUUCGCCUGAACCUUUUGCCUCUAGAUUUCACAGCAGGUGAAAGAAAAAACUCUUGCUUCUCAAACCUCGCUGAACAGAGCAUUACAGCUGUGAUAAACAUGAUAAAGUGUUCACCCACGAGACACACAUUCAAUGAUGCGAAACUAAGCAAUCUCAAGAUUCGCCUUAUCGGAUGCGCUGAGAAAGUAGAUGUUUCAGGGUGUCCUCAAAUGACGUUGUCAGCCCUACUGUUUUCUCUCAUGCCAUCUCUUCCCAGCAUGGGACCCACUAUUGCAGCCGAGAUUGAAGCCUGCAUUGCUGAUGUUACCAAGUCAAACAUGAUAUCGAAGUUUCCAACUUCAGCAUUUCUGGCCGUACAAGAAGUUGAUAUUUCUCGAUGCCCACGGCUUUAUCUUGAAGCUGCAAUUGAGUGUUUCUCGAAGUCCUUCCCGUCAUUGAGAAGGUUGACAGUUUCUCACUAUUUCGAGUUCAAGAUGCGCUCAUUGUUUCACUUGGUAAAGAAGUGCCCUUUAGUUGAGGAAAUCGACAUUAGUGUUGAUGUUGGUCCGGCAACGCCGAAUCUGAAACCGGUGCAACAAUCUAUGGAUGUGGUGGCUGAUGUCAGUGGUUCUUCAUUUCUCAGGCCAGGAGAAUUAUUAUUUUCUUCAAAUUUAAAGAAAUUGAAAUUAGAGAGUCGCUGGGAUCUCACUGAUUCCAGUCUCCUUUGUAUAUCAGCAUUUUAUACUUCCCUGUCGUCCCUAAGCCUUAAGGGGUGCACAGCUUUAACUGAUGCAAGGAUUGCAACAAUAAUAUCCAAAUGCUGUAAACUUCGGUACCUCGACCUGUCCCAUACCAAAUUUGGAAAAUUAUCGAUUUUGGCACUUGUUUCUGAUGGCGUUCCACUAGCUGAAGAAAUCGGGUAUUCCAGAUCACUGGCCUUUAGCCUUGAAGAGCUGAGCAUCGAAGGCACAGGGGGGGAUGCUGAAUCCAUUAAACUGCUUAUGAGUGCCACUUUCUCAGUUAGGGUGAUGAAUUUGAGCAAGACCUACCUUGACGAAAAUGCUCUUGACGAAUUCUUAGGAUCUUUCCUUACAAAUCUUGAUAUUUCGGAUACUAAGGUAUCUGGAGUUUCUUUAACUCGGAUUAUCCAAAGAAAUCCAAACUUGAGAAUUUUGCUAGCAAGGGGUUGCGAGAACUUAGAAGGAUAUGAUCAGCUUAAUAAAGAGCUGUGUAGAAAUGGUUUAUUGGAAGAGUUAUCAAUCGGAAGGAGAUUUGGCGCCAACUCUGUGGAAUUUCUGGGACCCUCUAUUAAAGCCUUAGCAGUUGGGCGUGGUGCAUCCUUGGAUGAGCAAGAUCUUAUGAAGCUACCAAAUAUUUGUCCAUCACUCAAGUCGCUACGUCUCAGCGAUCAGGUGCUAUUGGGUAAUCUGAUCAUUGGUCUUCUAAGUUCGUUAACGUCUCUUGAAAUAUUAAGCCUGGGCUACUGCAAUGGAGAGUUAACUCCAGCUAUCUUCUGCAGCUCAUUGGCAAGCAUAAAAGUCCUGAAUUUAGAAAAGGUAGCUCCUCGGAUGACAAAUGAUGACCUAGACAACUUGACUCAAACCUGUAAAAGCUUGGUCGAGCUUUCUUUAACUGGAUGUCCUGAGCUCAAUAUAGAUUCUCAGCGAAUUAUUGCAUGUGGAUGGCCUUGUCUACGCACCCUCCAUUUGGAGGAAUGUGGAUCCAUCACAUCAGAGGGGGUAUCAUGGUUGUAUACCUGCAAAGCGCUCGAGGAUCUUUUACUGCGCCAUAACGGUUGCGGGCUUCUAAGUGACUUUAUUCCGGUAGCUUCUUCGGAGUUGCCAAUGCUUCGUAAAGUUGCCUUGGAUCUUUGUGAUUCAAAACAUUAUAACUUCAAUAUCCACGGUUUUGCACGUGAUUCUAUGGUGAGCAUCGUAACAGUGACAAAAUGUAGCGCCGAAGCAUGUCGAGGAAAGGCUGUGCACGAGGUUACCAUGGUUAUGGAGUAUAGUUCCAAUGGCAGCAAGAGCACAACUCUUAAAGGAAGAGUAUAGAUGGAAAUAUCUGCUUUCUGAAUGCUGUGUAUAUACAUAAUGCUAGUUUUUUCUUUACUCAUUGAUGUGUAUAAAUAUUGCUGUGUAAAUACUGUUGUUUAGUGAGGUGGGUUAUUCCAUAAACUCCGUGGAAUUUACCCUAAUUAGGUGUUACUAAGAUAACAAAACAAACUGCUGUCCUAUUCUGUUCUGUUUCUUUGGUUUAGGUUCUGUCAACCUGAUAUAUCACUGCAGAUACUAGUAACUUUCUGUAUGCUCCUGAGAUAUUGUUAGACAUCUCAAAAAGACGGUAUUUCAUAUAGUAGAUCCGAGUAAUUCAGAUUUUGCCAAUAUUGUGCCCAUUCUCCUUGGUCCAUCUAGUCUAAUCUAACAAAUACAAAGAAAACACCUAUUUUUGACUGGAGAGUUCCUCUGCUAUCCCUCGCUUACUUUUUUAAUCUCUCCUUCUUGACUUAAAAUUCUGUGUUCUUCUCAAGCAUUCGUCAACUUUUAACUUCCAAAGAAAAACAUAUCGUUCUCCAGACCAAAACUCUCCGGUCGAAAAUAGGUGUUUUCUUUAUAUUAGAUUAGGCGAGUACUUUUGGCAGGAAAAUGAGGACGCUGUUCUAGUUCUUGAAUUCCUUAGGACUGAUCUUGCCUCUGUGAUCAAAGAAGCUAAGAAGAAUUGGGAAACUGGGCUCUCUGUAGGCGAGAUCAAACGGUGGAUGCUUCAGAUCUUGCUUGGUAUCGAUGCUUGCCAUAGGAGUUUGAUUGUUCACCGAGAUCUCAAGCCUGCAAAUCUUUUGAUUUCAGAGAUGGUGUUUUAAAAUUGGUAGAUUUUGGGCAGAAACUGUGCAUGAUGAUUCAAUGAUCCUUUUAGAGCCAUGUACUGACUGACAGUAUGAAGAACAUCCCUCCUGAGAAAAAUACAACAGGGGAUGAGUGGGUUCUCCAACAGGCAACAGCAACCUGAAAUUGUUGUGGCUACAGAAAAGUCACAGCCAGAAGGUGUUGGAAGUGAUGAGCGAGAAACUGAGUAAAGAAGAU